GAGAGACGGAGAGAGUUGAAGAAUAAGCAAAAGCAAAAACUAAAAGAGAAAGAAGGUUGGGAAAGAUAGAAAGGAGGAGAGAGAAAGAGAGAAAGUCAGAGAUAAGCCCUCAGAGAGAUUCAUAAAUCUCCAUACUUUGAAGAUUAUCGACUGUUAUCAACUGGGUCUACUUCAGUUACUCGAAAUAAAGCAAAGAAAGCCAUUGAGAGUGUAUGUAUAUAUAUAUAUAGAGAGAGAGAGAGAGAGAGAGAGGGAGAGGCCGGUGGAUCUCCUUGAUGUGCUGUUAUCACUUCCACCAAGUGGGUAUUGCGGUGUGAGUCAGAUAGAGAGAGAGAGAGUCCCAAAUCCCCAAAUGGGAACCCCACCAGCAGAGGAGCUUCUGAGGAAGAUCCAAGAGCUCGAAGCCGGUCAAGCCGACCUCAGGCAGGAGAUGUCAAACCUCAAGCUCUCCGGCGAUGCCAUAUCCGAGCAACAACAGGACCACCACCAGAGGUCCCACUCCGUGUCCCCACAGCGCUCGACCUUGGCCUCCUCUGGUCCGCGAAGAAGAGGUGGCGCAGCUGGAUUGGACUCCGGAACGGGAGCUUGGAAGAAGGGUUCGGCGUCGUUUCGGCAUUCGUCGCCGCUGCAGAGGGAGAGCCGGAGCCAUGAGCCGGUGAAUGUUAGAAUUGGUGGUGGUGGUGGACCCUCGGCCGUGAAUUUUACUGAUAGGCAGUAUUUGAAUAUCUUGCAGUCUAUGGGACAGUCUGUCCAUAUAUUUGAUCUUAAUGGACGUAUAAUUUACUGGAACCGUACCGCUGAGAAUCUGUAUGGUUAUUCAGCAGCAGAAGCGCUAGGCCAGGAUGCCAUCGCGCUUCUAAUAGAUCCCCAGAACUUUGCUUUAGCAAAUAAUAUAGUAAAUCGAGUCAGCAUGGGAGAGAGCUGGACUGGGCAGAUUCCUGUCAAGAAUAAGAUGGGGGUGAAGUUUUUAGCCGUUACAACCAAUACUCCCUUGAAUGAUGAUGAUGGUGCUUUGGUUGGGAUUAUUUGUGUAUCAACCGAUUGGCGGCCCUUUCAAGAAAUGAGGGAUUUAUUGUCAGGUGUAAACCACUCAGAACCAGAUCGGCCCCGAACUGGUGCCACAAUCACGAAUAAACUUGGUCUUGAUUCUCAGCAGCCUCUGCAAGUUGCAAUUGCAUCAAAAAUUUCUAAUUUGGCAUCCAAGGUGAGCAACAAAGUUAAGUCAAGAAUUCGGACGGGUGAGAAUAACACAGAUCGUGAAGGUGGGAGUGGAGAUAGUCACUAUUCUGAUCAUGGUUCGCUAGAUGCAGUUCUCUGUGACCAUAGGGAGGAUGCAACUUCAAGUGGAGCAAGCACACCCAGAGGAGAUGUAACUCCAUCUCCUUUUGGGGUAUUUUCUCACAUUGAGGAGAAGUCCCCUGGAAAAGCCUCCAGAGAUUCUGGGGAUGAGAGUGAAGGAAGACCGGCAAUUCACAAGAUCAUAACCUCCAAGGCGGAAGCAUGGAUUGGUAAGAAAGGGAUAUCAUGGCCAUGGAAAGGGAAUGAGCGAGAAGGUUCAGAGGCAAGGAAUUCCCGUUUUGCAUGGCCCUGGUUGCAUAAUGAUCAAGAGAAUGAACCAGUUCAUCAGAAGAGUCCCUCUUCUGGGCUAAAACCAGAAAGCCAGGCGGGUGAAAGUAAUCGGCCUGGCAAUAAUGAGGCGUCGGGUUCCUGGUCCUCAUUUAAUGUUAACAGCACAAGCAGUGCCAGCAGCUGUGGAAGUACCAGCAGUAGUGCUGUUAAUAAGGUGGACAUGGAUUCUGACUGCUUGGAUUACGAAAUCUUGUGGGAGGACUUGACAAUUGGAGAACAAAUUGGGCAAGGUUCUUGUGGAACUGUAUAUCAUGGUCUGUGGUAUGGAUCAGAUGUUGCUGUCAAGGUAUUCUCCAAGCAAGAAUAUUCAGAUGAUGUAAUACAUUCCUUUAGACAAGAGGUAUCUCUUAUGAAAAGACUUCGACAUCCAAAUGUUUUGCUAUUUAUGGGAGCUGUAACUUCAGCUGAACAUCUCUGCAUUGUUACAGAGUUCCUUCCACGUGGAAGUUUGUUUCGCUUAUUACAGAGGAACACAACCAAAUUAGAUUGGAGACGGCGGGUUCAUAUGGCUUUGGAUAUAGCCCGGGGCAUGAAUUAUCUUCACCAUUUCAAUCCACCAAUCAUUCAUCGAGAUUUGAAGUCAUCAAAUCUUCUAGUGGAUAAGAACUGGACUGUGAAGGUUGGUGAUUUUGGUCUCUCACGUCUUAAGUAUGAAACAUAUCUCGCAACUACGACUGGGAAGGGAACGCCUCAAUGGAUGGCACCAGAAGUUCUUCGUAAUGAACCUUCUGAUGAGAAGUCUGAUGUAUAUAGCUAUGGGGUGAUAUUGUGGGAGCUUGCCACAGAGAAGAUCCCUUGGGAUAAUCUGAACUCAAUGCAGGUGAUUGGAGCUGUUGGGUUCAUGAACCAACGGCUAGAGAUUCCUAAGGAUGUGGAUCAACAGUGGUCUUCUAUAAUUGAAAGCUGCUGGCACAGAGAUGCAGCAUGCCGACCAACAUUCCAGGAACUCUUGCAAAGGCUUAGAGAGUUACAAAGACAAUAUGCCCUUCAAUUCCAGGCAGCCCGGUCUGCAGCCGUAGAUAGUGCCCAAAAGGAACUGUAGAUACAAACUCAUUAUGCUUUGGAUUUCACUCUGACCAUAAUGCUGCCGGCAGCAUUUUUUGCACCCAAUACCGGCCAGCAUGUGGUGCCACAGAUUGCCAUGAUCAGCCCUGUGGUAUUGGAACCACAAGGUCGAAACGCAGAAAAUCUUGGCUCACCCAUUAGCCAGAUGAAGAGGGAAAAAUAAGAGAAGUAUUGGUUGUCAUCCAUGUGAGCUACCUAAUUUUUGGUGGUGAUAUGGGUUGGUUGUGUGAUGUUUGUUCAUUGGCUUGACGUCAAAGGAGAAUCUUCAUAAUGGUGCAGUGUGCUGGUCGGUCUCAUGUGACCCAACUUUGUGGUUUUAUAUAUGGAGAAUGUCAGAGCCACUUAAAACAAAAAAGCUUUACAAAAAGAAAAUUACAGUUUCAGGUUGUGAGUAAAAAGAGUGCAAUCAUUGACUUUCUUCAUUUUUAUAAUUACCAGGAGCCGGAUAGAAUGUAAGCCACAAAAGAGUUUGGCAGAGCUGCAGAAGCAGAGUUUAGAUGGGAUUUUGUCUUUGUUUUCAUUCUUGUUGGGUCUCUAUUUUGCCUUCGGUAUCUCAAGUUUAGGUACCCUAACAUGCAAAGAUAUUCUAAUUUAUUGGAAGUACACCAGAAAAAGAAAAGCAACCAUUGUGAGAUUA